AUGAGUGACUACGGAGAGGAAGCCCCGCCCCCAGAUGCUGAAGGUCUCGAUCGACCAUCUGAGAAUGAAGACCAGCUAGACGACCUGAACGAUGAGUUUCAAGAUCCCUCGAAAGAAGUACAACCCGACGCCGACGACUCGGAUGACGAGUCGCUCCUCUCUGAAGUCGAUGAAGCCCAGUUUGCCGACUUCGAUCCUACAGCUGUGCAAGUCGCGCCCGAUUUUGAUACGCUCAGCAAAGCCAUCCACGUGAAGAAGAGGAAGCGGGUCGACGGCGAAGAUGCGGCGCCAAAGAAGAAGAAGGAGAGGACACGCGAGAGGGCCAGGAAGAACCGGCGAAGACAAGAUAGUGACGAUGGGUUUUCGGGUGGGGAGGAGAUCGAUGGCAAGAGAUCACGAAAGCCGAAGGACGGCGACGGGGAAAGAAAGGCCAGACCAGCACGGGUUGAGAUCAACGAAGAAGACCUCACUCCUGAAGAGCGAAGAAGACGAGCGCUCGACAGAGCAAUGGAUGCGGCUGUCAAGAAGUCUUCAGGCAAGCGGAUUAGGAAGGGCGAAAUUGACUUGGAACAAGCCGCCGAUCAAGAGAUUGAGGACCUUCGAAAUCGAAUGAUUGCGGCCGCCGAAACCGAUGGAGAAUUGGUCCGACAAGGUCUACCUGCAUCGCAGAAACUCAAAAUGCUUCCUGAAGUUGUCAGCCUGCUCAAUCGCAACAAUAUUGUUCAAUCGAUCCUUGAUCCGGAGACGAAUUUACUGGAAGCGGUUCGAUUCUUUCUGGAACCCCUUACCGACGGCAGCCUUCCCGCAUACAACAUCCAGCGCGAACUCUUUGCGGCGUUGUCGAAAUUGCCCAUGAACAAGGAGACUUUAAUCUCUUCUGGAAUCGGAAAAGUCAUCUUGUUCUAUCGCAAGUCCAAGAGAGCCGAACCAGCCAUCAAACGACAAGCCACGAAACUCAUGGAGGAAUGGUCCAGACCCAUCUUGCAACGAAGCGAUGACUACACCAAGAAGAACUGGCAGCGGGCAACCUACGAUCCGACAAAGAGAAGAGAUGAUAAUUCUCAGCCAACGGUUGUGCCCAAAGCGAAGAACAACCUUGCACCGGGUCAAAAGCUGAGCAACCGGGCAAGAUUGCUCCCCGGAGCCACGAGCUACACCAUCGUACCCGAGGUUUCGUCAUUCGCCCGGCGUUAG